ACACAUUAUUCAUCAUCUCUGUUAGCUAGGUUUUCCUCUUCCCAGUUCCCAUUAUUUUCACUCUCUCCACCGCGGUUGCUCAUUCUCUUCUCUCCACCGCCGCGCCUUGUCUUCUCUCCACCGCCGUCUCCACCGCCUCCCCUUGUCUUCUCUCCACCGCCGUUCCUUCUCUUCACGGUGACCCUCUCGUUCUCUCAGAAGUCACCCACCCUUGCGGCCAUACCUUCUCAUUUUUUUCACUUUCUCCACCAUCGCUUGCCCGUUCAUUCUCUUCUUUCUACCGCCGCUCUUUCUCUUCUCUCCACCGCCGUCCAUUCUCUUCACGGUGACCCUCUCUUUCUCUCAGAAGUCACCCACACCUGCGGCCAUACCUUUAUUCGGCAGCUCCGUUUCAAACUUUCAGAUAGUAGUUAUAUUCGGGAGUUGAGAACUUUUUACAGGAAUCAUGGCUAAGCAUCAUCCCGAUCUGAUCAUGUGCCGCAAGCAACCAGGAAUUGCCAUCGGACGACUUUGCGAGAAGUGUGACGGGAAGUGUGUGAUCUGUGAUUCCUACGUGCGUCCAUGCACUCUUGUGCGGGUCUGUGACGAGUGCAACUAUGGAUCGUUUCAGGGUCGGUGCGUCAUCUGCGGAGGCGUUGGAAUUUCCGAUGCCUACUACUGCAAGGAGUGUACACAGCAGGAGAAAGAUAGGGAUGGAUGUCCCAAGAUUGUUAAUUUAGGGAGUGCCAAGACAGAUUUGUUCUAUGAACGCAAGAAAUAUGGUUUUAAGAAAAGAUGAUAUGCAGCGCACUGGUUAGUAUGUUUAGUGUUGACAGAUAUGUUGUAUGAGCUUUAAAAUAUGGUUUCUUUGAAGAUGAUAAACAUUGGCUAAUAGUUUAGAGAGUCACUAUUAUGUAUUAGUGACACUUUGAUAGCGGAUUAAGAGUGUUUGAAACAAUGUUGAAGUUCCAAAGUGUGUAUUUGUUGACAAUAUUGGGUUCUUGAGAACUCCAUAAUUUCUUCUUAUGAACUUUAGAGUAACAUUGAUGCUAUGUCCUAAAUUCCUAAUGGA